AUGGCACCCCAGCUGCACCGCGAAGACUACACCGUAGGAUGGGUAUGCGCCCUCUGGGUUGAGCUGGCCGCGGCGGAGGAGAUGCUCGAUGAAGAGCACGAUACGCCCCAAUGCGAUGCCCAUGACACGAACAUCUACACAUGCGGAAGGGUCGGCGAACACAACGUCGUGAUCGCUUGCCUGCCCGAAGGUCAGAUGGGCAACAACUCGGCCGCAGCAGUUGCUGUUCAGAUGAAGUCGACUUUCACAUCAACCCGCUUCAGUCUCAUGGUCGGCAUCGGAGGCGGCGUUCCCAGCGAGGAGGCAGACGUUAGACUUGGCGAUGUUGUGGUCAGCAAACCGCACAAGGUGCACGGUGGAGUGGUGCAGUACGACUCAGGGAAGACCACUCCGAGCGGGUUUGAGCGAACAGGGUCACUCAACUCGCCGCCAACGAUACUGCUUAACGCCGUUGCGAAAGUGCGGGCUAAGCACAUGAGAGGGAGAGGCAGGUUGCCGGAGUAUCUUUCCAAGCUUGUCAGCCUGCCCGACUUUGGGCGCGAAGCUGCUGGCUCGGACACUCUUUUCGAAACAGAGUACGACCAUGAGGGAGGGGCAAUGUGUAGAGAGUGUAACCGGGACCGUUCAGUAGCUCGCGAGGCACGACGGCAGGAAGUGGUAGUGCACUACGGCACGAUUGCAUCAGGCAACCGGGUGAUGAAGAGUGCUGCUGAGAGAGACAGGGUCAGCACAGAGCUUGGCGGUGUGCUGUGCUUUGAUAUGGAGGCGGCGGGCCUGAUGAACAACUUCCCAUGCCUCGUGAUCCGCGGCAUCUGCGACUACGCCGACUCGCACAAGAACAAGCAGUGGCAGGCAUAUGCGGCAGGGACGGCAGCAGCGUACGCAAAAGAGGUGCUGUCGGUGAUUCCGCCAAGCAUGGUGGAAGCCGAGAAGAAGAUCGUCGAUGUCUUGUCUGGCCUAAAGAGAAUUGCAGAGGUCCACCGGGACAUUGCCAAAGACGGACUAGGCGUUGCAGAAAAGGCGCUUGAAAUUCAGCAAACAGUACGGGAGCAGGAGCUGUCUGAUCGGCAAAAAAGCUGUCUUCAUCUGUUCCGUCUCACCAGGAGCACGGAGGAUGCUACCUACGAGUGGUACAAGGAUCGCGUGGAAGAACGAGUAGAGGGGACGUGCAUGUGGUUCCUCGAACACAACAACUUCCGAGAAUGGGUCAAACAAGAGUCGGGGCCGCUGCUGGUCUCGGCAGACCCUGGGUGUGGGAAGUCAGUCUUGGCAAAGUACCUGAUCGACCAUGUUCUGCCAGAGUCGGCAACUGUCUGCUACUUCUUCUUCAAAGAUCAGGACCAGAACACAGUCCGCCAAGCGCUCUGCGCGCUGUUGCACCAGCUCUUUCUCAACAAGCCAGCUUUGAUCAAACAUGCUAUGAGACAGUACGAGCAGGAUGGCGAGGGCAUGGUUGACUCAACAAAGUCCCUCUGGACAAUCCUAGGAGAUGCCACGCAAGACAGCCAGGCUGGACCUGUUAUCAUCCUCCUGGAUGCCUUGGACGAGUGUGCCGAAUCAGAGUUUGAAGAUCUAGUGCGCAACAUCGAAAACCAGUCGCUCAACAGUCACUCAAGCCAUGGCAAGUUAAGGUAUCUCUUAACGAGCCGUCCGUAUGAGCAGAUUCUCUAUAGGUUUCAGGGUUUACUAAACUCUUUUCCGCGCAUCCACAUACCCGGGGAAGAGGAGUCUGGAACCAUCAGUCAGGAAAUAAACCAAGUCAUCAACUACCGAGUCGAACGACUGGCGGAAGAUAAAGAGCUCCCAAACAAGAUCAAGACUGGUCUAGCAGAUCAGUUGCUUAGGGUCGAACACCGUACCUACCUCUGGGUAUAUCUUGUAUUCGAAUACUUGAAGACUGAGGGGUUCAAAAAGACAAUAAAGGGGAUCAAAUCAGCCACCGAAUCGUUGCCGAGGAGUGUUAACAAGGCAUAUGAGAAGAUCUUGACUAAGUCUAAAGAUCAGCCGAUAGUCCGGAAGGCCUUAGCCAUCAUCUUGGCUGCAAACCGACCACUGACACUCUCAGAGCUGAACGUUGCCAUGGAAAUAGACGAAACAACGCGAUCAUUGCACGACCUUGACCUUGAAAGAGAAGAAGAUUUUAAAGCACGUCUUAGAUCGUGGUGUGGAUUGUUUGUCUCAGUAUACCAUAGCAAGGUCCACUUUCUUCACCAGACCGCUCGCGAGUUCCUCCUGACAGAUCUGGCAGUUUCUACUUCAAUACCUCAAGGGAUCCAAUGGCAACACUCUAUUGCAAUGCCGGAUGCACAUAAGGUUCUUGCAGAGCGCUGUGUGCGCUUUCUUAGCUUGUUUGACCCAGACGCAGGUCUUUUCGCGGAUACAACCGGUCAGGGUAGUCACUACAUGGACAGUAAUACCUUCUUUAAUUAUUCUGCCAUGUUCUGGCCGCUGCACUUCCGCGAGGCCCGUUUUAGUAACGGCAAGGAUGCUGAUAUAUCACAUCUCGCGUUCAGAGUAUCUGAUCCAGAUUCUAGAUGUUAUCGGCAAUGGUUCAAACAACAUAGGGAGGAAAGUUAUUGGCAAUCUCUCAAGUUCGAUUUCCAUCUGACAGUUGCGUCUUUCUUUGGACACGAUACGGUAGUCAAGCUGCUGCUCAACAAAGGUGCCAACGUCAACGCGCAGGAUGGAAAGUACGGCAACGCACUGCAGGCAGCUUCAGCUGAAGGCCACGAUACGGCAGCUUCAACUAGAGGCCACGAGCAGAUAGUCAAGAUGCUGCUGGACAACAAGGCAGAGGUCAAUGCGCAGGGUGGACGCUACGGCAACGCACUGCAGGCAGCUUCAGAGGAAGGGCACGAGCAGAUAGUCAAGAUGCUGCUUGAUAAAGGCGCCAACCUGAUUCGCAGCCCUGUAUUGAUAGGUGUUGGGCAUGGUGUGUCUCCAGGGAGGAGAGGCUCAUAG